GGCGCCGGCCGGAGGUGGCAGCUCGCCGGCGGCGCCGCCGCGAGUCCCGCAAAGGGUUGGGGCUGGCAGCGAGGCUGGGUCGAAGAAGGGUCCGCCCAAAGUCAACCGCAUGUCCAAGCCGGUGGACAUGCCGUCGGUCCCCUCGCGACCGCACGCCGGCGGGUCCAAGGCAGGCGGCGGGGCGGCAUCGCCGGCGUCGCGCAAGACGGUGGACCCGUCCAAGCUCCCGGACCAUGACUUUUCGGAGCGCGAGUCUGUUGCGCUGGCCGACCUGUGCAAGGUCGACAUUGACCCGCGCGACGUGUACAACAUCAUCGAGCGGGUGGGCCAGGGCGCGUCCGGCUCAGUCUACCUCGCCGAGCACAAGGAGACCGGCCAGCGGGUGGCGCUCAAGCAGAUGAUACUUGCCCAACAGCAGAAACUGUCCCUGCUCAUCAACGAGGUCGCCAUCAUGCAAAAGUCCAAGCACGACUGCAUUGUCAACUACUACGACGCCUUUCUUCUCGACGAUGAACUGUGGAUUGUCAUGGAGUUCCUCGAGGGCGGCGCCCUCACCGACGUGCUCGAGAACAACCAGAUGUCCGAGGAACAGAUUGCGCGCGUUGCCCUCGACACCCUCCGCGGCCUCGAGGUCCUUCACGCCAAGGGCAUCGUCCACCGCGACAUCAAGUCGGACAACAUCCUUGUCGGCUCCAACGGCGAGAUCAAGCUUACCGACUUUGGCUACUGCGCCCAGCUGACCAAGGAGCGCCAGGCCCGCAACUCGAUCGUCGGGACUCCGUACUGGAUGGCGCCCGAGGUCGUCAAGCGCAAGGCCUACGGCCCCAAGGUCGACAUCUGGUCGCUCGGCAUCAUGUGCAUCGAGAUGGUCGAGCAGGAGCCGCCCUACAUGGAUGAGUCUCCGCUCCGUGCGCUGUACCUCAUCGCUACCACCGGCACGCCGCAGAUCCGCAACCCCGAGGCGCUGUCGGACUCGUUCAAGUCGUUCCUCGCGGCUUCGCUCGAGGUCGACGUCUCGCUCCGGCCCAAUGCGACGCUCCUCUUGCAGCACCCGUUCCUGAAGAAGGCGUGCGUGGGCAGCGAGCUCAAGCCGCUCCUCGACGCGCUUUAA